GGGCCUAGUGCCCGCUGUGCGCCGCGCACGCGCGCGGGACACCUCACCUCGCGCGAAAGCUUCGAGGCGCUUACCUUGCGUGCUCCCACCCUGGUCCUCUCGCCCUUCCUGGCUCCUGCUAUCCCUUCGCCUUAGAGCUGGCUCUUCCGCUUGCCGGUGACCCCCAACCGCGCGGGCCUGGCGCCAUCUUGGAUGUCUCGUAGGGGGAGGGUGCCUUGGAGCUAGCCAAAGUUAGAUCCUGGAGUGCUGCUUUUUACCUGUUCCACCCAGCCCCUACAGACACGCUUUUCUCGCCCUCUGGCCCUUUCAGAUUGUCACAACCCCCAGGCUCUCCCCUCCUAUCUCUGCUUUCUCUUCUCAUCCUGACUUGUGCCUUCUUUAUUCUGAAAUCUCCAGACUUUAGGCCCCAGGACCUCAGGUGCUCCGAGCCAUGGAGAUAAUGGAUCGUCUAAAGUCACCAAUCCCUCUAGUCAGCACCACCCAAUUUAAAAAGUAAACCUUGAACAUGGAAGAAGUGGGAAAAAAAGCCAAAACAUCGCCUCCCGUUAGGUUGUGGCUUGGGGUAGCUAAGGCAGAAGAGAGAGGCUGGUUGCUUUGGAAUCACUAGUUAUUUACCAGUACCUUUCUCGCAUCCUGGCACGCUGGUGAAGUUGGAAAAGUCACAAGUAGUGGGCUAGAGAUGAGGGUUUCUGUUGAGGCAGCAGGCCCAGAAAGGUGGGGUAAGGCCAAGCUAGUGGGGCCAGCAUGAGUCCCUGCGUGCUAGCUUUCCCGUCAAGGAUUAAUUAACCUCCCCAGAUUCUGCUGUUACAAGGAAAAGAAGGUUUAAGGAAAGGAAUAGUUAAGUUACCACUCCUGUGACUCAUCUACACUGAGGAAAAAGCCCGUGAUGAUUUUGGAGUCCUGAUUCUGGAUAGUGUCUUUGCCCAAGUUGUAGGCUAACAAUUGCAGACUUGCCAUGGUUAGAUAGCCAAUGGUGGGAUCCCUUAAUUGCCACCCCUUGUUGUGGGUUUACUACAUGCCAGCACCACAUUAAACUCUUUAUGUAUGUUAAUUUGUAAAUGAACAUACUUAAUCCCCCUAAGAGCUGCAUUUUACAAAGAUGAUAAUAAGGUAUAAUUCCCUUAGAAAAAAACCACCUCUUCUUUUCCUAAAAGCCUUAAAGAACUAUUGGAUUUUGACCCAAGAAAACCUGAAUAGUACGGCAGCAAAAUUGGGUUAGAGUUACAUAUAGGCAAAAAUCAGAGUUCUAGAUAGGACAAGAGUUGAAGACAUCCAUUAACUUAAAAGUAAUUAAGGCUGGGUGUGGUGGCUAACACCUGUAAUCCCAACACUGGGAGGCCAAGGUGGGAAGAUCGUUUGAUGCCAGGAGUUCCACACUAGCCUGGGCAAAAAAUAAAUUAAGAGCAAUUAAGAUCUUGGAUUCAGAAGUGUUUUAACCUGGGACAAUCUGAGUUCUGUUCAUUUAAUGAAGUGGCAUUUAAUAGGCCUAAGCAUUCACUGAGUAUUUCAGCCCGUGACCUAUUAGAAAGCAUGUAACUUUAAAGAUCCAAGUUCAAGUCUAUUCUCUACCACUACCGCAGUUUCAAGACUAGGUUUAAGGUCACGCUCUUGCGUUAAGUAUAUCUAAUAAUCGUCUGGGAAACUUGUUUGAAAUACAGGGCACUUGAGCCUUAUUCCCAGAGAUCUUUUUUGUUUGUUUAUAGACGGAGUUUCACGUUGUUGCCCAUACUGGAGUACAGUGGUGUGAUCAUAGCUCACUGAAGCCUCCAGCUCCUGGGCUCAAGCAGUCCUCCUGCUUCAGCUUCUGGAGUAGCUGGGACUACAGGUGCACUUCCACCUCACCUGGCUAACUUUAUUUUUUGUAGAGAUGAGGUCUUGAUGUUUGCCCAGGCUGGUCUCAAACUCCUGGCUUCAAGUUAUCUUUCCGCCCCAGCUUCUCAAAGUGUUGGGAUUACAGGAGUGAGCCACUGAACCUAGAUCCCCCAGGAUCUUGACCAGGAAGGUCCAAGUUGGACCCAAGAAUAUGCAUUUUUUAAUACGUACACCACCCAGAUAAUUCCGGUUCAGAUGGGCUUCUCACUUCACUUGGAGAAACCCUGCCUUUAGGUUUUUAACUCACCUUCUGUUUCAGCUCUCCUGCCACAGCCCCUCACCCCCUGAAAAUGUUCGCCUGCUCCAAGUUCGUCUCCACUCCCUCCUUGGUCAAGAGCACCUCACAGCUGCUGAGCCGUCCGCUAUCUGCAGUGGUGCUGAAACGACCGGAGAUACUGACAGAUGAGAGCCUCAGCAGCUUGGCAGUCUCACGUCCCCUUACCUCACUUGUCUCUAGCCGCAGCUUCCAAACCAGUGCCAUUUCAAGGGACAUCGACACAGCAGCCAAGUUCAUUGGAGCUGGGGCUGCCACAGUUGGGGUGGCUGGCUCUGGGGCUGGGAUUGGGACUGUGUUUGGGAGCCUCAUCAUUGGUUAUGCCAGGAACCCUUCUCUGAAGCAACAGCUCUUCUCCUACGCCAUUCUGGGCUUUGCCCUCUCGGAGGCCAUGGGGCUCUUUUGUCUGAUGGUGGCCUUUCUCAUCCUCUUCGCCAUGUGAAGGAGCCGUCUCCACCUCCCAUAGUUCUCCCGUGUCUGGUGGGCCCUGUGUGUUCCUUUUCCUAUACCUCCCCAGGCAGCCUGGGAAAUGUGGUUGGCUCAGGGUUUGACAGAGAAAAGACAAAUAAAUACUGUAUUAAUAAGAUGUU